AUGGAGGUUGACAAGGAACAACAUGAGGAUACCCCUGACUAUAAUACAGUAUAUGAGCUAGAUGAUGAAAACCAAGAAUCAGAUUCGCCUACAGAGAAUGGUGAAAAUAAAGACAUUCACUACAAUAGCCAAUCAGAUUCGGAAGAAGAAAUCCAUAAAAUAGUUCCUUCAAAAUCAGUUAGGAAGAGGGGCAUGACUCGAUUGCCAAAACUGAAGACUGAAUAUGUCAAUUCUGGUGGAAAAAAACGUGUCAGGUUUGAUGAAUUUGGUAAGUUUAUAGGGAAGAAUAAUGCAGUCUUAGUUAGCUAUUUGGGUGAUCUUGUCCGCGAGAAGGUAAGAUUAAGUGCUCUUUGCUGGAAAAAAAUUAAACCGGAAAUGAAGGACAAACUAUGGGAAGAGAUAACACUCUAUUUUGAGGUUCAUGAAAGUGGAAAACAAUUUGUGAUGAAUAGAAUUGGUAUUCUUCUACGAAAUUUCAGAAGAAAGUUGUAUGCAGAUUACAUCAAACCACAUCUAGGCGAUACCGAUAUGCUUGAAAAAAUCCCAGUUCGUUAUCGUGCACUAAUCACUGAACAAGAUCAUUGGAACAAAUUUAUGACUUAUACAUAA